AAAUAGACAUCAGAGUCCAGAGUCCUUAUGGCACAGAAUUUUCUGUAUCAUUCAGUAGCGGCAGUUGCUUUGAAAUAUACUGGAGUCAUUUCAGUCUACAAAAUUCCUUAUAAUUUUUGCUUAAAAGUGCUUACUAAAAGGAAAUGGAUUGGACUGGAGCAAUUUUGACAUUACUACUAUUUAUUCUUGCAACUAUGUUCCUUUUGAAAAAAGGCAGUUCCUGGAAUAACAACUCCCGCAAUCUCCCUCCGGGGCCCAGGACCAUACCCAUCUUGGGAAAUCUAUAUAUGAUGGAUCUGAAGAAGCCUUUAAAAACAAUGAUAGAGUGGUCAAAAGAAUAUGGUCCCAUUUUUCGCAUCAAAUUGGGAUUCCAGGAGAUGGUGGUACUGACUGGCUAUGAGACGGUUGUAGAGGCUUUAGUGAACCAGGGAGAUGUAUUUGCAGAGAGAGCCUUUGUCCCCUUUUUUGAGGAUGUUGCAAAGGGCUUUGGUCUUGUUUUUGCUCAUGGUGAGAACUGGAAAGUGAUGCGACGCUUUGUAUUAUCCACUUUACGGAUGUACGGAAUGGGCAAAAGGAUCAUCGAAGACAAAAUCACAGAAGAGUGCAGUAUGUUAAUAAAAACAAUUGAGACUUAUGCAGGAAAACCCUUUGAUAUCACAACAAUUCUCACUGCUGCUGUUUCCAACAUCAUAGCUUCUAUCGUACUUGGGAAACGCUAUGAAUAUAAAGAUAACCAAUUUCAACGACUGCUGAAGAAGAACAGUGAAAAUUUUCGGCUUUCAGGAAGCCCUGCUAUAUUGCUAUACAAUAUGUUUCCCAAGUUGUGGUUCCUUUUGCUCACUCCUACAUUAAUGAUAAAGAAUCAAAGUGAGAUCCAUGAUUUCAUGCAGACAAUCUUGAUGGAAUAUUCCCAAGACCUUGAUGAAAAUGACCAGAGGAAUUUGAUCGAAUCAUUUCUUGUUCGGCAAAGAGAGGAGAAUAAAAAUACAAAAAAUGAUGGAUAUUUCCGUAAUGAAAACCUUAUAGGUCUUGUGGAUGACUUAUUUGGUGCUGGAACAGAAACAAUGGCAAACACUCUGUGCUGGGCCAUAAUCCUAAUGAUGAAGUAUCCAGAAAUUCAGAGUAAGUACUUUCAUUUUAUUGACUUCCAAUAA